GUUGCAGAAGAAGGGCACAGAAGCUGCUUUUUCCUUGAUGCCAAACCACACUGUGCCAGGAGCUAGCGCCGGCAUCCACUGGAAUUGCCCACCCAGAAGAGGUCUGCAGGGCAUUGUGGGUCCCAAGACCUGAGCUUUCCUGCCACCCGAGGGCCUGAUCUGAGCACUUGCCCAGUGGUGGCAGCAAGGAGCCCCAGCAUGAGACUACCCGUUGACUGCCCUCAGAUGGCCUGCUGCUACUGCUGCUGCUGAAGUGACCCUGGAGAGACUUUCCGGGGCCUCUGCCCAUGCUCACUGGGACUGGGGGGCCCGGCACCUGCCGAGGCUAGGAGGGGACCCCCACCUUCAUGGGUCUCUAGGGAUUUCCAUGAUGCCUGGGAAGAGAGGCUGGGGUUGGUGGUGGGCCCGGCUGCCCCUUUGUCUGUUCCUCAGCCUUUAUGCCCCCUGGGUACCCCCAUCCCUGGGGAAGCCCAAGGGCCACCCGCACAUGAAUUCCAUUCGCAUUGAUGGGGACAUCACCCUGGGAGGCCUGUUUCCCGUGCAUGGCCGGGGAUCGGAGGGCAAGGCCUGUGGAGAGCUGAAGAAGGAGAAAGGCAUCCACCGCCUGGAGGCCAUGCUCUUCGCCCUGGACCGCAUCAACAAUGACCCCGAUCUGCUGCCCAACAUCACGCUGGGUGCCCGCAUCCUGGACACCUGCUCCCGGGACACGCAUGCCCUGGAGCAGUCGCUGACCUUCGUGCAGGCGCUCAUCGAGAAGGACGGCACCGAGGUCCGCUGUGGCAGCGGGGGUCCCCCCAUCAUCACCAAGCCAGAGCGCGUGGUGGGCGUCAUUGGUGCUUCAGGGAGCUCCGUCUCCAUCAUGGUGGCCAAUAUCCUUCGGCUUUUUAAGAUUCCCCAGAUCAGCUACGCUUCCACAGCCCCAGACCUGAGUGACAACAGCCGCUAUGACUUCUUCUCCCGUGUGGUGCCCUCGGACACGUACCAGGCCCAGGCCAUGGUGGACAUCGUCCGUGCCCUCAAGUGGAACUACGUGUCCACGUUGGCCUCGGAGGGCAGCUACGGUGAGAGUGGCGUGGAGGCCUUCAUCCAGAAGUCUCGCGAGAAUGGGGGCGUGUGCAUUGCCCAGUCCGUGAAGAUCCCUCGGGAGCCCAAGCCUGGGGAGCUGGACAAGCUGAUCCGUCGCCUCCUGGAGACCUCCAACGCCCGCGCUGUGGUCAUCUUCGCCAAUGAGGACGAUAUCAGGCGUGUGCUGGAGGCGGCGCGGAAGGCCAACCAGACGGGCCACUUCUUCUGGGUGGGCUCUGACAGCUGGGGCUCCAAGAGCGCGCCUGUGCUGCACCUGGAGGAGGUGGCUGAGGGCGCCGUCACCAUCCUCCCCAAGAGGAUGUCGGUUCGAGGCUUCGACCGCUACUUCACCAGCCGCACGCUGGACAACAACCGGCGCAACAUUUGGUUUGCUGAGUUCUGGGAGGACAACUUCCAUUGCAAGCUGAGCCGGCAUGCGCUCAAGAAGGGCAGCCAUCUCAAGAAGUGCACCAACCGCGAGCGCAUCGGGCAGGACUCAGCUUAUGAGCAGGAGGGGAAGGUGCAGUUCGUCAUCGACGCCGUGUACGCCAUGGGCCAUGCAUUGCACGCCAUGCACCGCGACCUGUGCCCGGGUCGUGUGGGGCUCUGCCCACGCAUGGACCCGGUAGAUGGCGUGCAGCUGCUCAAGUACAUCCGCAAUGUCAACUUCUCAGGCAUCGCCGGGAACCCUGUGACCUUCAAUGAGAACGGUGAUGCACCAGGACGCUAUGACAUCUACCAAUACCAGCUUCGCAAUGGCUCGGCUGAGUACAAAGUCAUCGGUUCCUGGACCGACCAGCUGCACCUCCGGAUGGAGCGGAUGCGCUGGCCGGGGAGCGGGCCGCAGCUGCCCCUCUCCAUCUGCAGCCUGCCGUGCCAACCGGGUGAGCGCAAGAAGACUGUGAAGGGCAUGCCUUGCUGCUGGCACUGCGAGCCCUGCACUGGGUACCAGUACCAGGCAGACCGCUACACCUGCAAGACGUGCCCCUAUGACAAGCGGCCCACGGAGAACCGCACGGGCUGCCGGCCCAUCCCCAUCAUCAAACUCGAGUGGGGCUCGCCCUGGGCCAUGCUGCCCCUCUUCCUGGCCGUGGUGGGCAUCGCCGCCACCCUCUUCGUGGUGGUCACCUUCGUGCGCUACAACGACACGCCCAUCGUCAAGGCCUCGGGCCGAGAGCUGAGCUACGUGCUGCUGGCUGGCAUCUUCCUGUGCUAUGCCACCACCUUCCUCAUGAUCGCCGAGCCCGACCUGGGCACCUGCUCGCUGCGCCGUGUCUUCCUGGGACUGGGCAUGAGCAUCAGCUAUGCGGCCCUGCUCACCAAGACCAACCGCAUCUACCGCAUCUUCGAGCAGGGCAAGCGGUCGGUGAGUGCCCCACGCUUCAUCAGCCCUGCCUCGCAGCUGGCCAUCACCUUCAGCCUCAUCGCGCUGCAGUUGCUGGGCAUCUGUGUGUGGUUCGUGGUGGACCCGUCCCACUCGGUGGUGGACUUCCAGGACCAGCGGACGCUCGACCCUCGCUUCGCCCGCGGGGUGCUCAAGUGCGACAUCUCGGACCUGUCGCUCAUCUGCCUGCUGGGCUACAGCAUGCUGCUCAUGGUCACCUGCACCGUGUACGCCAUCAAGACACGCGGCGUGCCCGAGACCUUCAACGAGGCCAAGCCCAUCGGCUUCACCAUGUACACCACCUGCAUCGUCUGGCUCGCCUUCAUUCCCAUCUUCUUCGGCACCUCCCAGUCGGCAGACAAACUGUACAUCCAGACGACGACGCUGACGGUGUCGGUGAGUCUGAGCGCCUCGGUGUCCCUGGGGAUGCUCUACAUGCCCAAGGUCUACAUCAUCCUCUUCCAUCCGGAGCAGAACGUGCCCAAGCGCAAACGCAGUCUCAAAGCCGUGGUCACCGCUGCCACCAUGUCCAACAAGUUCACUCAGAAGGGCAACUUCAGGCCCAACGGGGAGGCCAAGUCCGAGCUCUGUGAGAACCUCGAGGCCUCAGCACUGGCCACCAAGCAGACCUACGUCACCUACACCAACCAUGCCAUCUAGCUGGGCCGCCCGAGCCCAAGAGGAAGAGGCAGAGCCGAGAGCCUGGAUGGUGCCUGGGUUUGGGAACCAGCCAUCUCCCGGGCCCAGCCUGUGUCCUGCUUGUCCAGGGGCCCUCCACUGGCUUGGUGCUGAGGACAGCAGAGCUCCAGGCGGUCACAGCUGGGCAGGCAGGAGAAGGAGGGGCCAGGCCACAUUGGAUCCCCCAAGAGCCUGACUCUUGAACCCUUGCCCCUUUCAGCCCAAAGCACAGGAGUUCAGCUCUGGGGCCCAGGCAGGCUUCUACUCAUCGCCCCUCUGUUCCUGCCUGUCUCCUGGCUGCUGUCAGUCUGUCUCUAUUCCUGUCUUGCUUUUUUCUUUGCUCUCUGGAUCAUCUUUCCUUUUCCCUACUGGUUUCCACCUAGGACCCCUCUGGGGCCUGACUCUGGUGCAUUUUUCUUUCCCAUCUUGUGCCCUCUUCAUCCUCAUGGGCACCCAGCUUGGGCUCACCUCUCUCUGCCAGCUUCUGCUCAUUCACCAAAUCUUCCAUGUUGCAAAAGAGAAAAAAAAAAAAAAAAAAAAAAAGGAAAAAAAUCAAAAUGCCCAAAAAAAAAAAAAAAAAAAAAAAAAGCCCAAACAGAGACAAAUCUCAAGUGUGUUGCAAAGUGCCGCGUCCUCCUGGUGGCCUCUGUGUGUGUCCCUGUGGCCCGCAGCCUGCCCGCCUGCCCGCCCGCCUGCCAGCCUGCCCCUCCCUCCUGCCGAUGACACGGAGUUCAGUGCCUGGGUGUUUGGUGACGGUUCUUGAUGACAAUGUGUAGCGCAUGAUUGUUUUUAUACCAAGAACAUUUCUAAUAAAAAUGAACACAUGGUUUUGCA